UUUUACAUGCAAUUAAUAGAACUAGAUUAAAUCUGGGGAAUGAGCUUUAUCGAAACGUUGAUAUAAUAGUUCCAUGAAUUUGUAUAAUAUCAUUCAUUAUUGUGUUAUGAACUAUGAUUUAGCAGAUCCAUGCACCGAAUAGAAUCUAAAAGUUUAAAUUCUAUAGGAAUUUUUUCUGUCUUUCAAAAGUGUGGCUACAUUUUCUUCAGAAAGAAAAAUAUCGUAAACGAAACAUCGACACUAUUUUCCGAGAUCUCUCGUAGAAACUUUUGAUCAUUAUUAUCUAUUUUUUAUCGUUAUCACGUAGAACAGAUUAUAUUGAACAAAUAUGAACUAACGUAAAAAGCCGGACAUGCAAUAACUUUCAUACUACAUUCAAGAAGAGUAAAAAUAAUUGUUCAUAAUAAUUAUGGAAGAUUCUACAGAAGCUCAAAAAUGGCAACAGCAUUUAUCUUUAUUACGGGAGCAGUAUGUUAAUUUAUACAAUACAAAUACGGAACUUCAACGUGAAUAUGCAAUUGUUACUGCAAAUAAACAAGAUACAGGAUUUAUUGGUAGACUUUUGACAACCAUUGGAUCUCUAUAUAGUCAACAACGUUAUAGCGAUGUGAUCAUCAAAUUGAAAAAUCAAGAAAUACCAGCACAUAAAUUUAUAUUGUCUGCUAGAACAGAUUUUUUCAGUGAAGCAACGCUAUCAGAAGUAACCAUUUUAGAUUGGACUUAUUUGGAGCCUAAGAUUGGAUUAAUAUUGCUGAAAUGGAUAUACACAGGGAAGGUGCCUCAAGAGAAUUUAACUUUAGAAUUAAUGAAAGCAGCAUCUAAUUUUCAGCUGACAGAAUUAGUUGAACAAUGUGAAAAAUAUUUAAUUGGAAUUGUAGGAUUCAAAGAUUGUGUUCAGUUGUACGCAGCUGCUGAGGAAUUAGGUGCACAGAAAUUAAAAGAGCAUUGCAGUUCUUUGAUUUCUGCACAUUGGGAAGAUUUAACAGGAGAAGACUUUAAAGAAAUGCCUGGAUCUCUAUUAUACAAAUUAUUACAGACUAAAAGUAAAUACCCAUUGCAUGCCGCUGUUCGACUAAUGAGGGAAGAUGUGGUUUUUUUAUAUUUAGUGGAAAAUAAUACAGGGUUAACGAAAGCCAUUAAUGCUUUGGAUCAUAAAGGAGAAAUGCCUUUGGAAGUUGCUUUAAAAACUCGUCAACCAUCACUGGCGCGCACUUUAGUUGAACACGGGGCCGAUUUAAGCGCAAAAGAUUCAAGAGGUCUUUCUUUACUCCAAGCUGCUAUUUUUAAAGGAGAUUCUUAUUCGGCUGAAUUCGUAAUAGAACAGCUAGAAAAUAAUGGAAAUAUGAAAGAAUUAUGCGAGCCCAUGAAACUUACCCGAAACGUGAAGGAUAUAAAAAAUCCUGAAGAACUUGAAGGAUGUACUGCGUUACAUUUAAUAACAAAACAUAAUUCAGAAAAUAUGUUAACAGUCGCAUCCAGGUUACUUCAUGCUGGUAUUGAUCCCAAUUUACAAAAUCACAGAGGAUGGACUGCCUUACAUAAUUGUAUUCAGGAGAGAAAUGAACCACUUUUUGAUGUCUUAUUGGAAUGUCAGAGUAUAGAUUUGGACAAAAGCACUAAUGAAAAUGAUACUCCAUUGUGUAUCGCAAUGAAAACAGACCCAUUUAGUGGAUUUUUUGCUAAGAAACUUUUAAUCAAGGGCGCAACUCCGAAUCCUGUAUAUAAGAAUACAGGGGACACUCUAUUACACGUUUUGAUAAGAGAAUAUAAAGAAGAAGCUGCAUUAUUUUUAAUCGAUUAUUGUAAGGAUAACUUAAUGCAAAAGAAUAAUGAUGGAUAUUUGGUUUUACACGAAGCUUGUAAAGUUGGUUCGAAGAAUUUAACGCGAGCUUUAUUGAAAACUGGUUUCCCAGUCGACGAAGUUGCAUUGUCUACUGGCGAUGCACCAAUACAUAUUGCUGUUUCCAAUUUGUAUUUUGAUAUUGUAAUGGAAUUGUUGCAUGCACCUAAUUCGAAUUCCCAAUUGAAUUUAAAAAAUAACGUAAAUGAAACCCCUUUAAGUUUGGCUAUUAAGGCUCCGUUUAAGAAGGGCAAAGAUAUAGUUUUGGCUUUAAUAAAAGCUGGAGCAAAUAUCAAUCAGUGCAAUAAUGAUGGUUUAACAUUGUUGCAUCAAGCGAUAUUAAAAGAGGAUUCGGCGACAGCGAUUUUUUUAUUAGAAAAUGGUGCCGAUAUGAAUACUAGAACUGCAGAUGGAGAAACUCCGCUGCAACUUUCCAUACACUGUAGACUGGGUGAAGUUGUGGAAGCACUUUGUAAAAGAGGAGUGGAUACUUCUAUAGGAUGUCCAUUAUGGGAUGCACUGGAUUCAGAUCAAGAGGAUGUAGCAUCUAUUCUAGUUAAAUAUGGAGCAGACACUGACUGUUGGGGUCCUGGUCCAGAUGAUUGUCAACAAACAUUGUUACACAGAGCAAUUGACCACAACAAAGAAGAUAUUGCACAGUUCCUUAUAAGAAGUGGCUGUGAUUUAAACAUACCUAGAAAACCUGGCCCAGAUGGUAUUGGAGGUGAUGAAGCAAGGGAUGAAUGUACUCCAUUACAUUUAUGUUGUCAGUGGGGUUUAGAACAAGUUGUACAGACACUUAUUGAACAUGGUGCUGAUGUGAAUGCUCGAGAUGUUGAGGGCAAAACUCCAGUGCACGUUGCUAUACAAAAUCAACAUUCACAAAUUAUUUCUCUUCUACUUUGCCAUCCUAAUAUAGAUUUAAAUAAACGAGAUAAGAAAGGUUUAACACCAUUUGCAACAGCAUUAACAUUUCGAAACAACAAAGCUGCUCAAGCGAUAUUGGAACGACUACCUAAAGCUGCUGAACAAUAUGACAAUAAAGGCAGAAAUUUUUUACAUACUGCUAUUCAAAAGAAUGACAUGGAAAGCAUAUUAUUUCUAUUAUCUAUACAGGUAGACGUAAAUUCCAGAGUUCAUGAUGUUACACAAACUCCACCUUUACAUCUUGCUGCGGUUUCUGGAAAUGAAAUGUUAGUAAGAAGUUUAAUAUUGGCUGGUGCACGUGUUAAUGAUACAGAUGCAAACAGAAAUACUGCAUUGCAUGCUGCUGCAAAAGCUGGUCAUGCAGCAAUUGUAUCUGCUUUAUUGCAGAACAAUAUAAACUUCGAUGCAGUAAAUGCAGAUGGUGACAAUGCAUUGCAUGUAGCUGUAAGAGAAGGUCAUGUAUCAGUGGUAAGAGCACUUUUGACUGAAUGUACAUUAGAUGCAGAGGCUGUAAAUCUUAAAGGAAGAAAUCCCUUACACGAAUUAGCUAGGUGUGGAAAAGAUAAUGCUGCAACUAUAUGUGAACUUUUCUUGGAAUGUAUGUCACAAUAUCCAGUAAAUAAUGCAGAUUUGGAUGGCAAUACUCCAUUACUGAUAGCUUAUAUGAAAGGAAAUGGUCAACUUUGUCGUACUCUGGUAAAAGCUGGUGCAUGCCUAGGUUCUAUGAAUAAAGAAGGCAUUACAAUUUUCAAUUAUCAAGUAGCAACAAAACAAUUACUAUACAGAUUACUAGAUUCCUUGACACAAGAAGCACCAUGGGCAGAUAAAGAUCUUUGUCUGGAAUGUGGUACAAAAUUUUCCCUUACAAUGCGAAAACAUCACUGCCGUCAUUGUGGUCGAAUUUUAUGUAAUAAAUGCUCCGAUCAAGAUGUUCCAAUCGUAAAAUUUGGAUUAAAUAAACCUGUGCGUGUUUGUGCAGUAUGUUUUGAUGUAUUGCAACUAGGUGCUGAAUGAACAAAGAAAUAAAUAAAAAAGUACAUAUUCAUAUGUAAAUAAAAUAAAUAUCAUUCCAUAUGCAUUUUUUAUAAAAAAGUAUACCAAAAAUUUAUAUCAUUUUGUGUGUAUCACACUAUAUAUAUUUUGCUGUAUUAUAUGAUUAUUCUUGUUGAAAGUUUGUUAAAUUUAUAGCUAUUAAAUUUUAAAUACAGAUGAAAGGAGA